AUGACAACAAAUCCUAAAGCAUUAUCAAUUGUUGCCAAAUGUGCAUUAUGUUCAAUAAAAACUGAAUUAUUUAUAUGUCCACAUUGUGAUGAAGUUAUUUGUCAAAUGUGUGUUAAUAAACAUCAAUCAGAAUUAAAUGAAACACUUAAAGAACAUUGGUUAAAAUGUAAAACAAAAUUUCAUAAUUUAUCUCAACUAUCAAAUACAUAUGAUAAAGAUUUUGUUUGUAUUGAAAAUGAAAUGUAUCGAGUACGACAAACAAUUGAACAACAAUAUUUAGAUGUUGUUGAAUCAAUUGAUAGUGAAAAAAAUAGUUUAUUAAUAAAAUUAGAAGAUUAUAUUAAAUCAAUUACAUCAAAUGUUAAACAUAAAGAUCUUCAACAAUUAUUUAAUUCAAUUAAUCAACGACUUGAAGAUGCUUUUCAAGAUUCAAAUACUUCAUACAAUGCGGAUGAUUUUCUUUUAGAAAUAGAACAUUUUAAUAUGCAGAUUUCUAAUCGAUUAAAACAUAUACAAUCUAAUACAUUUAAAUAUCCUUGUUUAACCCCUUCGAAACCUGUGAUUAUAUCCGAUAUAUUCGGUGAAUUACAAUGGAAUUCUCAACCAAUGUCAAAUCGUAAUUCAUCUCGAUCAUUAUUUAUUACAACAAAUGGACAUGGUUCUAUAAAUACAAGCGAUGGAGUGCAAGAUGAAUCAUUAAGUAUAUCAGAAGAAGAUCCAAUAUCAGUACCUGUCAUGAAAAGACAAAAACAAUGGUCAAUUGAUGCAUUGGGUGUACCACAUUUUUUAUGUAUACUUUCAAAAAAAAAUUAUCUUCUUUUUGCUUGUGAUAAAUAUGGUUGUAUUGAUUUAUAUCAACUUGAUGGAACUGAUCCAAGUAUUGCACCUCGUCAUUUACGUCAAUUUGUUUUAUUUCCUAGUAAUAAUACUAGUCAAAAACCACAAAUAAUCGAAGCUUUUACUGUUUAUACACCAUUUAUCGUCGUUGCAGCUCAUUUAAGUGAUCAAACAGAUACAAGUUCAGUAUAUUUUUUUGAUCAUCGUGGUAGUCAACAAGCUGAUACUUGUUUACAAAAUUUUCCUGUUCGACAACUUUCAGCUGAUACUAGUUUUAAAUGUUUAUGGGGUGUUGAUCGUCAUCAACACACAGUUUAUUACAAUCAAUUACCCAUGAACGUUAGUCAAAUUCAACAAUCAAUUGAACAUCGAGAAAAUUUUAUUAAAUUUGGACGAGAUUUUGAACCGAUUAGAAUAACACAAAAUCAAACAUCAAUUGCAGUUGUGGAACGUAAUUCUCAAAGUGUACACAUAUUUAAUAAACAAACAAAAGAAAAAGUAGAUGAGAUACAAAAUCGUUUACGUACGGAAGGUUCAUUUCGUCUAUGGAAUGUUUUACUUCGUGAUGAUAAUUCAAUGGUACUUAAAUUGGAUGAAGAUUUAGCACCAUAUAGUCGACCACAAACAAUUCAUCAUCUUAUAGUUGAACUUGAUUCAAACGGUAUGCCUAUAUCACAAAUAGAACGUACGGCUGUUUAUGGUCUUGCUAUUGGACCAAAUCAAGAAAUUUUACUUGGAUGUAAAAGACAUCAACAAAAUGGCUCAAUCGAAUGUUAUAUCUAG